GUGGAAAUUUCAGCCAGAAGAUAAGAUGGCGGGUGUUUUGUUUGAGGAUAUAUUCGAUGUAAAAGAUAUUGAUCCAGAUGGCAAAAAGUUUGAUCGAGUUUCCCGCCUUUUCUGCGAGAGCGAGUCGUUCAAGAUGGACCUCAUUCUGGAUGUGAACACACAGAUCUAUCCAGUCGACCUAGGUAAAACUUAUAGCAAUCAACAGACAGAUUUAUCCAGUCGACCUAGUUAUGGCCCUUGAAUUUACGACGGGGAAUACAACUCUGCUAACACAGGGCCAUCACGGGCAGAUCCGUUUGAGUACGUCAUGUACGGAAAAGUGUACCGGAUUGAGGGAGAAGAGGGAGCCAUCGACUCUUCACGACUGGCAGCGUACGUCUCGUUUGGAGGGUUGCUCAUGAGACUGAAGGGAGACCCCAACAAUCUCCACGGGUUUGAAGUGGAUUCUCACGUCUACCUCAUGAUGAAGAAACUCGCCUUUUGAUUUCGUUACGUUUAUAUCUCAGGGCCAUACCUAGCACAAAAACUGAAGGGGGGGGGGGGGGGUUGUAUUAAAAAAUAUAAUUUAUGACAUUUAAACUUCAGAUACACAUUUUAAUUUUUUUAAACGAAAAUGGCACUUCUUCACAUUUUUAGGGGAAGGAAGGGGGUGACAAUUGCCCCCUACUAAGUACGGCCCUAUAUAUACACACCAUGUAACAAAAAGUGACAGGGUGUGGACCGGUGCUAUACAUGUUUUAUUAUUACCAGAUAAGGUAUGGAGGGUGGUAUUCUGAAAUCUAGUUUCCAUCUCGUAAGCAUGGAGAUUUCGUUAGCCCAUGUAAUUCUGUAUACAAUACAAGAUCGAGAAAUAAAAUCAACUAGUCACCCAUGGUUGGUUUCUAUUGCAACGAUAAUUGGUAAGUAGUAAUUACCUAGCAACCCCUAGAAUCCUCGAUUCUUGGAUUGUCAAAACACAUUUUCACUGGGAAACCUCCUUGCAACCACCUAUGUCUAGUUGAUUUUAUUGUUGGGUUGUGUACUGUAUAUAUACAGUUGGUGAAACAGACUGGAAACCAUAUAGCCGACCACCCAUGUCUAGUUGAUUUUAUUGUUGGGUUGUGUAGUGUAUGUAUACAGUUAGCGAACCAGGUAGGAAACCACCUUGCAACUGCCCAUGUCUAGUUGAUUUUAUUGUUGGGUUGUGUACUGUAUAUAUACAAUUGGUGAACCAAACUGGAAACCAUCUAGCGAGACAUCUACGUCAGAUUGUUGGUUUGAGCACUGUAGAGAUUAUUUUAGGAAUAUGUGUGUUGUAUGAAGUAUGAGAAAAAAACCUUUAGGAAUUGUUUUUUUCUUCAUGCAUUGAGAUAAGGAGGAAUAAUCCAAGUCCAGCGUUCUGUUAGUAAACUUUUACUUGAUGCCAAUGGUUCUGACUGAAAAUUAAAGUCAUUUUUUGUAAUAUUGGGAAUUUGUUUGUUCAUGUUCAAAAACAUGAUUGUAGGCCAUCUUAAAAUAAUAAUUCUAGGCAAUUAUGUCUUUGUUACAUUCCUUUAUGAUAUUUUAUAAAAAUUUCUUUUUCACUCUGCUUUUUGCAUAGAUAUGAUUUUCAAAAUGUUAAAAGUUGUCAAGGUACAUACCAUUAUUCAUUUAUUGUUUCACAUAAAAUUAAUUUUGAGCUACUUUAAACAUGAAGACAACCAAAAACAGUAGACUUGCAAACACACAAAAAAGAGAGAAGAUAAUUAAUCUACAAUUUGUAAGUAAUGUGUAAACAGAAUUUUUAAAAUUUCAUAUUCUCUAAUAGAUGAAGUCAGGGGCUUAAAUGAAUUAGGCAUUGCAAGCAUAACAAAUUCAGUAAUACUUCGUAUAGCACACAUGUAGUACUAAUUUAUUUAUUACUAGAAAAAGGAUCUGCUUAUAAACCAUUUAGUUGGUUUGACUGAUAAGAUGGUAGUAAUGGGAAAAUAAGGCUACCUGCUUGUUGUAACCACCUUUCUUAGAGUUGUCUUCUCUUGAUGACCUUUUCAAAUGAUGAUUGGUCUAGGUAUUUUAAUGAUGCAAUAUUUUUUUCAUUUUACAUUGUCAUCUGUGAAUCUUUUAUCAUGUUUUGUCAUCAUCAUGUUGUCAAAGACAAUAAAAAUAAUAUACCA